AUGUCAUCGACCCGGGAGAAGAUGGGUCAAGUAUCCUUAAAGCCAUGCAAAUUCUUCCUCUUCUCAUCAUCCUCUCAGAGUAGUGACUUGUUAACGACCGCCGUGAAAGUAGGAUUUCUAGUUUUCUUCUUGGUUUCCCUUGCAUUGGUGGUUUACUCCUUCUUCACCAGCCAGUCUUGCUGGUUUCUCGAAUGCCAGGAUCUAUUGAUUCCGGCAAUCUCCACCACUUCUCCGGCAAUCUGCGCCGCCCCGGAUGACCCCGAUUUCGAACCGACCACCAUUUCCCACAUCGUUUUCGGCAUUGGCGGCUCCGCCCUCACGUGGGGCGACCGGAACCGCUAUUCCCGCCUCUGGUGGCAGCCCAACGUCACCCGGGGCUUCGUUUGGCUCGACAAAGAACCCGGCCUGAAAUCUCUCUGGUCGUCGUCCUCCGACGACGACGGCUCCAGCACUCCGCCGUACCGGAUUUCCUCGGAUUGGACCCGGUUCAAACACUCGAGUUCCCCGUCGGCGGUCCGGCUCGCGAGGAUCGUGGUGGAUUCUUUCCGGGCCGGAUUACCUGGGGUGAGAUGGUUCGUCAUGGGAGACGACGACACGGUGUUCUUCACGGAGAACUUGGUGACGGUGCUGGGGAAGUACAAUCACCGGCGGAUGUGUUACGUCGGCGGGAACUCGGAGAGCGUGGAACAAGACGACCGGCAUUCGUUUGACAUGGCUUUCGGGGGGGGUGGAUUCGCGAUUAGUUACCCGUUGGCGGCGAAAUUGGUGAGAGUGAUGGACGGUUGUCUCAAUCGGUACUAUAAAUUCUACGGCUCCGAUGAAAGGGUGUGGGCCUGCGUUAAAGAACUCGGUGUCUCCUUAACCAUGGAACGUGGGUUCCACCAGAUUGAUGUUCGCGGUGACCUUUUUGGUCUUCUGACAGCACAUCCACUGGUACCGCUUGUAUCACUCCACCAUCUAGACUAUGUGAAGUCCUUGUUCCCAAACAUGUCCCAGUAUGAUUCACUAAGACACCUGCUCCAAGCAUACCACUCUGAUCCACCCCAAAUAGUGCAGCAAUGUUUCUGCCACCAUCUAAAGUUUAAAUGGUCAGUCUCCAUUUCAUGGGGCUAUGCCGUUCAAGUAUAUCCUUCAUUGUUAUCGGUAGUGGAGCUAGAGAAACCCUUGCAGACAUUCUCCACGUGGCGCAGUUGGCAAAGUGGGCCUUUUGUUUUCAACACUAGGCCUGUGAACUCUGAUCCCUGUGAACGCCCAUUUGUAUAUUAUUUAGAGUCGAUUAGCGAAACGGGGCAAGGUGGGACAGUUACUACCUACAAUAGGACCAUGGCUAAACCAGAGAAGUGGUGUCGGAAACAUUACUAUGACCGAGCUAUCACUCUCAGAAGGAUACUAGUCUCGGCCUCGAAAAUGGACCCCGAAGAAUGGAAGAGCCCUCGAAGGCGAUGCUGUGAGAUUGAAAGUGUGAAGAAUGGGGCUAUGAAGGUGACAAUCAGAAGCUGUGAAGAAUAA